CAGCAGCAGCAGCAGCAGUGGAGCUUCACUGCCUCUCCUCGCCUCACAGUGCGGGAAUAUACCAGCGGAGAGCAGAAUGGAUACGGAAGGGAGCCAGAGCAGCCUGUCCUCCGGCACGGACAACUCCCCCCACGACCCCUGCAAAAUGUUCAUCGGGGGUCUGAGUUGGCAGACAACACAAGAGGGCUUGAAGGAGUACUUCUGCAAAUUCGGCGAGGUGAAGGAGUGCAUGGUGAUGCGGGAUCCCGUUACCAAGCGGUCGAGAGGGUUCGGCUUUGUAACAUACACAGAACAAGCCGGUGUGGAAAAGGUUUUGGCACAAAACAGACACGAGCUGGAUUCUAAAACGAUCGACCCAAAGGUGGCGUUUCCCCGCCGGGCUCAGCCCAAGCUGGUGACCAGGACAAAGAAGAUCUUUGUCGGAGGACUGUCAGUCAAUACCACCAUCGAAGAUGUGAAGCAAUAUUUCGACCAGUUUGGAAAGGUCGAUGAUGCCAUGCUCAUGUUUGACAAAACAACCAACAGACAUAGAGGUUUUGGUUUUGUUACCUUUGAGAAUGAAGAUGUGGUUGAGAAAGUGUGUGAGAUCCACUUCCAUGAGAUCAACAACAAAAUGGUGGAGUGCAAGAAAGCCCAGCCCAAGGAGGUGAUGACGCCGACAGGCUCAGCCAGAGGCCGUUCCAGGGUGAUGCCCUACGGGAUGGACGCUUUUAUGCUGGGCAUUGGCAUGUUAGGCUACCCGGGUUUUCAGACUGCUACCUACACCAGCCGCAGUUACUCUGGUAUCGCGCCCGGAUACACCUACCAGUUCCCAGAAUUCCAUUUAGAGAGGACCCCCCUCCUGACAUCAUCCCACCCUCCUGAGCUGGCAGCCAUUCCCCUGACUGCAUACGGACCAAUGGCAGCAGCUGCAGCAGCCGCCGCUGUAGUUAGAGGCUCCACCCCUUCACGCACAGCUGGCUUCCUGGGCACCAGCAGCCCUGGACCAAUGGCUGACCUGUACGCUGCAGCCAAUCAGGACUCAGGAGUCAGCAGCUACAUCAGUGCAGCUAGCCCCGCCCCCAGCACAGGGUUCAGCCAUGGUAUAGGGGGUCCUCUGAUUGCUACUGCCUUCACUAAUGGCUACCACUGAGAAGUCUCAGGUCACCGAGGGAUGGGAGGGCGUCUCCUCUGCUGAUGAGCCAAUCACAAUGCUGACUGCCCACUGAUGGCACAACCUGAUUGGCCGGCCACCGGCUCUUUACCGGGCUCUCCUGGCUCCAUAUGGCUCCGCCCACCGACUGAAUAUCUUUUUAAAUCCAGAACUCUUGUUUCUGCUGUACUAAUCUCACUUCAACAUAACUUCCCUGUUUUCUCCUCUUUUGUCCUCAUCAUGUAGUCUAAUAACUAGAGCCCACCCCCUUUCCCCCCUCAGUUAUCCAUUUUUUUCCUUUUGAAGCUGAGAAAAAGAAACUGCAAAAAAAAAAAAAAAAAAAAAAAAAAUCUCCGAGGAAACAUUUGUCAUCGUUGACAAAGACACAGACAACUAUUUUGAGUUUUUAUUAUCGUCAUUUUAAACUUCACUUCCAUCGUGAAUCCUUCCCAGCUGUCGUGCUGAUGUUAACAGAAGCAGAAAGAAGGCAAAAAAAAGAAAGCUGUGCGAGAUGAGAUGGGUCUCAAAGCCGUUUUUAACAAAGGAAGAACAAAUCCAACACAGUCCUUUUUUUAACUCGAGUCUCACGGAAACAUGGAGGGAAAAACAAACAAACAACAACAACAAAAGUUAAAUGUAUAUUUUGGUAGUCUCUAAAAACAAACAAAAAAAAAAACCUUUGUAAUAUUGUUAUUAAUAUUGACAUAAUAAUCUGUAAGGUAUUUUAUUCUGUAAUUGGUUUUAAAGCAAUGUUUUUAUGUCUUCCUGUAAAAUAUUGUAAAUAGACAUUGGGUGAGGUAGGGUGGGUGUGGGAUGGGUGUGGGAGGGAGGGGUCACUGAACCGGCUGGCAUGUCAUUGGUUGGUUUGGAAAAGGGUUAACAGCAAUUUGACUGGAUGUCAUUUACUACUCUCUGCGGUCAUCUCACUACUUUUAUGGGUAUGCAUACGCCAUUAUGUGUACACUGUGGGGCAGUCCACUCUAGCGUCACUUCAGCGCAACGCUAUCCAGGAUAGCUGUUGGCGAAUAAACUUCCAGGAGCUUGUCUGACAUAUUUUUUUCAGUUGACACUUUUUUGUUUGUUUGUUACCAGGUCAUAUUUUUGUUUGUUUGAUUUAAGUCUUUCAAAAAAAAAAAGAGAGAGAAAAAAAUAAGCGAAUUUGUCUCUUGCGUCUUCGUGGAAAACAGUUUAUGAAACCACGAUGGGACUUUGGAUGAUUAACAACUUUAAAACAGGAGAAAUAAGGGGUUUCUGCCGAUUCGGGACUUGACUUCACUUCCUGAUUUUUGAAAAUAUUAUAUAUAUAUUUUUUUGCGCGUUUCUCUUCUUAAUGUUUUUGUUUAUUUUAUUUCUUUUAAGAAAAUUCUUUUAUGCGGUGUUCCCCACCGUGACAAACAAAUGAAGGACAUUCUCAGAGAAGCAGUUGUAGAAAAAUCACGAUCAUGUUCUUUCCUCUUAUCACUAUUGAAGGUGCAUGUGAUUGCGUCUGCGUGUGUGCGUGCGUGCGUGCGAGUGAGUGUUUGUGCGCAUACAUCAAGGUGUAAUAUGGAACUACUUUCGUCAGCGAAGGAGCGUUUUGAUUGCCUUUUUUUCCUUUGGUACUGAAAAAAAAAAACCAGAACGUUUGCCCUGCUCCAUUUGGGUUCAUUGCUCUUCUCCCCCCUGACUCUCUCCCAUUCCACACUUCGUUUUAAUAAAUUUGUGCACCUCUGGAACCAACAGAUAACUGUUUAUAUAUAGUUGCUGCUCAGUGUGGUGGUGAACAGACAGGGUUUUGGGCAGGGAACCAGAAAUGGAACAGGGUCUCGCUCCCAGUCGGCUCUGAUACGGGGGCCUCAGUACAAGACGGCGCUGGCUGGCAGGAAAAGUCAAAAAGCUGGAACAAAUUCAACCUUUGCAAAAACAAGUAGCCUGUUUGUUCAGCCUUCUUGCUGCAGCCUGUUUGAUGUUCAGCACAGCAGAAAACUUCCUGAUCCAGCCAGUAGUUCCUCUGUCAGACGGGCUGGGACAUGAUAAAAGAAAAAAAAAAAAAAACUACUGCUGGACACCAACACUGUAACUUUUUAACUUACAAUAAAGCAAUAAGUUAUUUUUUACCUUACAAAUGAAAAUAGUACUAUUAUUGGUAAUAGCAGACGACAAGUGGAUAAUUCUGCGGCAUUAAGACUUAUUUUCAGAAAAAAAAGAAACUAUAUUUUUCUGUUUUGAGAUCUUGUUCCCCUUGUAUAUUGAUUUUAAUGAUGUCUUUUGUUGUGCUGUUGUAAGGAAAAGGGCCAAUGCUUUGAAUGGAGUUUGUAGCUCUACAUGAGCUCGGUUAAAGUUUAAGAUUUGGGCUGUCCCCCGCCAAGCUUUACAGCAAUGCUUUUCUUUUUUUUUCUUCUUUUUUUUUCUUUGUUUUUUUUCCUGACAGUUUCAAUUUGAAAAUCCUAAUAAAUUAUUCUAAAGUG